AUGAUGUCAAAUCUUCUGCUGCUUCUUCUUGGUGUGCUCGCCUUUGCAUGCUUUGUGGAUGCCCAAUGGGGAUAUGGCCCAUGGGGCGGCUAUCGGCCAUAUGGCGGCGGCCCAUGGGGAUAUCGACCAUGGGGACCACCAAUGUGGCGACGACCAUACUAUGGUGGCGGCUACGGUGGCGGUCCAUGGGGACGACCAUUCUACGGCGGAGGACCAUACUGGGGAUGA